UGUGAACAACACAAUUUCCAUGGAAUCUCACCGGCGCAAAACCAUCUCCAGCGACAAGUUCUCCUUCCCAAGCACAAGAAUCGAAGAAGAAUCAGAAUUCGAAUUUGGGUCUCUGACAAUCGCAACAACAACACCUUCUUCAUCAGCCGAUCAUCUCUUCUUCAAUGGCCACCUCUUACCUCACUCUUUUCCAAUCCCAAAUCCAACCCAACCCACAAACACUCAUUAUUCUUGUUCGAGCUCAGACUAGCCGAUCCUCAAUAUCGUCGUCUCGGAGCAACAGCUCUAGCAGCAGCGCCAGAACGAGCACAAGCGAACCCUCUUCUUCUUCUUCUAAUCAGAGGAAGCCAUUGAACAGAGCUUCCAAAGUUGUUGCGGUCAAAAUGCCUGUGGUGGCGAGAGAGAUGGUUAGACAAUAUGGGUCUGCGAAACGGUGGCAGUUUAUUGCGGCGGCGCCGGAAUUGAGCCACCAGGUUUCGCGGCGGAGAAAGGCGGAGGUUGCGGUGGAAGAAGGAUUGAGAGGCAAGAAAGAAGGCGGCGAGAAGGCAGUGGGGUGUGGCCGGAGGUUUUUCACUUCAGUGGUGUCGGCGUGUAAGGAAUGUCACGCUAUCAAACCAUCAUCGAGAGAUUUGGAGGUGCAGUGAUUGAUCAGUGGAAGUGUUUUUUUUGGUUGUUCUUGAAGUUUUUUUUUUUUUUAAAUUGUUUUUGGAUGUUUUUAAAGCACAACAUAUGUUUUUGUCUUUUGCUUCUGAUCUUGAUCUUUAGAAUCGCCUCGUUUGGAAAGUAACUAUUUUAGUAGGCUAUUUUAAUUUUUGGUUAUUUAAAUAGGUUAAAAUUUUUGUGUUUGAGAAGAUG